GGCAGGCUUUCCGACGCGCGCUGGAGCGUCCCGAAGGCCGCGGCCGCGCGGCUGGGAGCUAGCUCUGACCCGACCCGGCUCUGCCUGAGCCGCGGCAGCUCCCGAAGACGCGUCCCGGGCGUGGGCCGAGGACUGUGCGGGCCGCCGGCCCCUCUGCACCGAGCGGCGGUUUGUACUGAAGUAAGCACCAUGACAAACUGCUGAACAGAGAGCCCUGACAGACUGUCUGGGAUAUUUUAAAGGAUUGUUGAAGACGAAAGUUUUUAUUUUUGUAUGUUUUUUAAUGGCUAUGCAGAAUAUUAAAUAGAAUAAAGUUUGACAUGACGGCAAAAAGUGUUGGUUUGACAUCCACAAGUGCAGAACUGAGGGGCUUUAUAGAUCAGAAUUUCAGUCCAACAAAAGGUAAAUACCUAGAAGUGGAAUUGCUCGGUCAUAUGGUAACAUUUCACUUGUUGCAUUUCCAGUUUCCAGCACCAACUCACCAACAAAGAUUUUACCGAAAACCUUAGGGCCAAUAAAUGUGAAUGUUGGACCCCAAAUGAUUAUAAGCACACCACAGAGAAUUACCAAUUCAGGAAGUGUUCUGAUUGGAAGUCCGUAUCCCUCUGCACCAGCAAUGGUCACUCAGACACACAUAGCUGAGGCCGCCGGUUGGGUCCCCAGUGAUAGAAAACGAGCUAGAGAAUUUAUAGAUUCAGAUUUUUCAGAAAGUAAACGAAGCAAAAAAGGUGAUAAAAAUGGGAAAGGCUUGAGGCAUUUUUCAAUGAAAGUGUGUGAGAAAGUUCAGCGAAAAGGCACAACAUCAUACAAUGAAGUAGCCGAUGAGCUGGUAUCUGAGUUUACCAAUUCAAGUAACCAUCUGGCAGCUGAUUCGCAGGCUUAUGAUCAGAAGAACAUUAGACGAAGAGUUUAUGAUGCUUUAAAUGUGCUAAUGGCAAUGAACAUAAUUUCAAAGGAAAAAAAAGAAAUCAAGUGGAUUGGCUUGCCUACCAAUUCUGCUCAGGAAUGUCAAAACCUGGAGAUAGAGAAGCAGAGGCGGAUAGAACGGAUAAAGCAGAAGCGGGCCCAGCUACAAGAACUUCUCCUGCAGCAAAUUGCUUUUAAAAACCUGGUACAGAGAAAUCGACAAAACGAACAACAAAACCAGGGCCCUCCAGCUCUGAACUCCACCAUUCAGCUGCCAUUUAUAAUCAUUAACACAAGCAGGAAAACAGUCAUCGAUUGCAGCAUCUCCAGUGACAAAUUUGAAUACCUUUUUAAUUUUGAUAACACCUUUGAGAUCCAUGAUGACAUAGAAGUACUGAAGCGGAUGGGAAUGUCCUUUGGUCUGGAGUUAGGCAGAUGCUCUCUGGAAAACCUGAAAAUUGCCAAGUCGCUGGUUCCGAAAGCUUUAGAAGGCUAUAUCACAGAUAUCUCGACAGGACCUUCUUGGUUAAAUCAGGGACUCCUUUUGAACUCUACCCAAUCAGUUUCAAAUCUAGACCUGACCACUAAUGCCACCAUGCCCCAGUCAAGUGUAAGCCAAGGCUUGUGCUUGGAUGCUGAAGUGGCCUUAGCAACCGGGCAGUUCCCCGGCCCAGACAGUCAGCAGUCCAGCAGUGCGGCCUCUCACUGCUCCGAGUCCCGUGGCGAGACACCCUGUUCAUUCAACGAGGAGGACGACGAGGACGAGGAGGAAGACUCCUCCUCCCCAGAAUAAAGACAGGAGAACACUCAUGUUUUAAUAUUUGAUGCUCAUGUGUGUCUUUAGUGUGAGCUCUUGUGUUUUGAAAUGAUUGCUUCCGUCUUCGCCUUUGUUUGCAUUUGUGUUUAGUGAGAACUAGAGAAACACAAUAAGCAAAGUCCAUGAAGGCUGAGAUGAUUGAAAUGAAAGGUAACCUAGCGUGGAUGAAAACUGAGCAGCACAGCAGUGGCUUCGUCAUGGCCAACAAAGCAUGCUUUCUGCGAGAGAACGGCAGUGAAGUUUGUUUUCAGGGAGGUGGGUUUGAAGACCCCACAGUGUGGGAGCAUUUAGACUUGAUUGCUGCAGGGAACAGUACGCAGUGAUGAUGUUCUCUCCCUUGUUGGCUGUCUUACAUAGGCAGGAGUGAUCUUGAACGUCCCAGUGGGUGUAAGGUGAGGGAUGUAGAUCGCAGUCCUUGUGGCCUGAGGAGCACAGAUGAACUGCUGAGCUAGUCGGCAGUCUAGCUGAGGUGUUUCAUGCAUCUGCUGCCUUAGCUUCUCGAAGGGAGAGAGCGCUAACUAACUUUUAAGUACCUAGAUGACGUUUAGAAUAAUUGACGGUGAACUGAAGUGACCGUUUGUCAAUGCAUUGGUGCAUAGGAGUUUCUAGGGCUCCUUCUGGAAGCCAAAAUAGAAUAGCAUUUCCCUGUGCAUUACCGACCUCGCCAGCACUGCCUUUGCCAGCAUUCUACAUUGGAGUUUUACUGUGGAGAGGGAAUCUGUGUUUAUAGUUUUAAUCAAAGCUAUGCAUUUCAUACAGCUUUUAAUUUACAAUGAAACAAAGAAGCAAGUUCUUUGACCAAAUUGCUUGUCUGUAGCUGUCUGCAGUACUGUAUGAUUUUACCCAUGUGCAAUUUGUGAAAAUGAACCAAAUGUCAUUACUUUUGUCUUUAUUUCAAGAAUAUGAACAUCAUUGUUCUCUUAUACAUGUUAUCUUUUUCAUAUUUUAAUUAUCAAAAUGACCUUAUCAGAUUUAUUCCUGGGUAAAUUGCAUUUCAAACUAACUCAAUAUUCAGUGUUUUUGUUAAAACCUUGAACACUCCAGUUGACUGCAUCCAUGCUAGCGUGAUGUGUCAUAUGUGGUUUCAAAGCCAAAGAUGCCAUGAGACUACUACAGUAUGUCUGUGAUUUCUGCUCCUCUCAGUAGGGGAGUGUGGGUGUCCACUGCCAAGCCAAACCCAACUUACCAACACAUAAGGCCUUGAAGGGGGGAGGGGCAGGGAAUGGUAGGAGAAUCCAUCUGAAACCAGCUCUAGUCACACAGGUUUGUCUGAUCCCGUGUCUCUGGCUUCUGUGGGUCCCGCACCAGGCGCAAUCCAAAUGCUGCUCUUUUUAGUCCUGUGCAGGAAGCUUGAGCGAGAAGGAAAAGCUUUGGUUGCCUUACAUGUUCUGAGGUCAUUAACACUGAUAGGAAUGCACAGGUCCAGCUCAGAUGCCUUGGAGAGGAAACUCAGUGUCAGGAGGAAGCUGUAGUACAAGCCCGAGUGUUCAAGGGGCACAAAGGUCCUGUCAGGUUUCAGAGUUUUGUGUUGGCAUGAGUUCUAGAACACACAUCUUAGGCUGUCAGAACAAAGUGAUCCAGAAUGCAACAGGGGCUACCUCCUUUUAUCACUACCAUUUCUGUCUGUACUUAAGGGAGCCUAGCAGAGACCUGGAGAGGUCAAAGGUAACAGUUGCUUUUUUAGUCUUCAAAAUAUUGAGCUACUGGGGGCCUAAGAUUUUUCAGAACUUAAAGCAAAUGCAUGCAUUACACCCUUUACCAGGCAGCAAAAUCCUUGCAAGAGUUCUCAAGGAACUUUCCAGUUUAUCUCAUCCCUGCUGCUGUAUGCUUUACAUUGACAGAACACGGGCUUUAAAAGGGAGGGCAGUCCUGCUGGGCAUGCUGUAUGCCUCUAACGCCAGCAUUUGGAAAUGGAGGCAGAAAGGUUAGGACUUAAAAGUCAACCUUGGCUACAUACUGAGUUCAAAGGCCAGUCUGGGCUACAAGAGAUCCUUGUCUGGAGUGGGACAACCAAAGACUCAGUCUUCGUGUGCCCCACCUUUGGCCAUCCCCGCUCCCACUGUGUUGUCAAGAGUGGUCCUGUCCCUCUGUUACGUACUUCUGAGGACGUCUGAGAUCGCACCGCUGUGGUCCUCGGUUGCUGCUGGUGUGACACUUUACCUGGGGAGAAACUAGACUGAACAGAGACGGGUACCACUUACUUGUAAUCCUCCAUAGGCAAAAGGGUCCCCAGAUGUUUGAAGCCAGCUAGGGCUUCAAAAUGAGAUCAUGCUGGGGGGAAGAAAAAAGGGAAGAGCCUAAAUUGAGAUGUUGAAAAGGAUGAACUCUGGUCUUCAUUAUCUCCCCUAAACACAUCCCUCUGGGUCCAAUAACACCAAAUCAUAAUGCCGGAAUCAAAAUGGAAGGGGAAGUUAAAUUGAGGACACAGCGUCUGGCCUCUUUGUGGGAGAGGUACACAGGCUCCGUGCACACAGCCCUAUGCACAGUGCUUAUGUGUUCAAGAGACUUUCCCUCCUGAGGUCCCAUUUCUCAAGUGUAUAGCAGCACUGUGGUUAAUCAGUUCUCACUCUCCUGAUGACAUGGGCAGCUGGCUGUGGGCCCGCACACUCCCAGAAGAACAGUUCCACCAGGCUACACAGCCGCUCAGACCCUCAGUGCUCAGCAGGUUUCCCUUCGCCUAUCCCCCGAGGAAGUCUGUUCAGUGUUUGCAUUGUGCCUUACACAGGAAGAAAGGGACUCAACAGAAUCUACUCCCUCUAAAUAGUCCCCCAGAAAAUGGGCUCAUGGCGAACGUGUUCUGCAUCUUUCUUACUAUUCUUUUGAAGAAGUGGUAGGGAGAAAAAAAUCGGCCAUUUUGUCAGAAUGCAUGAGGAUAACUCCUGUUAGCAAAAUUUAUAAUUAAGGCAGUAGCAGUACUGUGUCAUUUUUGGAAGAUAAUCCCCAACUGUCCUCAGAAUACCCCUGUCAGAUAAUCCAGAUGAAGAAAUGGCCCACCGUACCCCUGCAUGGCUUCCUAAUUCUGCUUUCUAAAUCUAAACCAACUUCUUGUCAGAAACAGCGGAGCUGUUACAAGUACAGUGUGAUUUAUGCCGAGACAGCCUAAACAGAGGUUGUGUGUGUGUGUGCGCGUCAGACAGACAGACAGAAUAAGCAGGUGACAGGAAUGGCCUCAGCUGCUUGUACUGUAACCACACCAGAGCAGGAAGCCUGGUCGGUUUUAUAAGCUCACUUCCCAACAAAAUGGACUUCCUUAUUCACUAAAUCUGCUGCAGGGGGCUUUGAAAUUUUCCUCCUUAGUGGUAAGCAUUGGCAGGGUUUGUUUUGCGGGGAGGGUGUUAAAAUACCAAACUUAGCUGGCUUUAGUAUGAACAGGCCAAGUGAGGACUAUAGCAAGACCACAAAGUUCUCGGGUCAGCCUCAUGACCUUGAAUUGAACCUACGCCACAGGCCGGUGAUCUGAGACGGAGAAUUUACAUGUAUUCAGUUGCAGAUGCAUAAGAUGUGGAUUGUGAACUGAACACAUGGGAAAUGAUCCUCAUGAUGCAUAUGGACUGGCUUUGGUGAAAUACUAGACACCUAAGAACCAGCUUCCCAAUGGGGUGUCCUAUUUCUCUGCUCCUUGGACAAUUGCCUCCAAGCACUAAUGCUCAUUAAUACAUAGUUUUUUGAAGACUAACAUGCAUGCCAGGAGCCUACAGCAUGUCACCUAAGUGACCCUCAGAAUGUGCCUUCCAGCUCACUAAUUCGGUUCACCUAUGUCUUGUUAACCUAUACUUGAGCCAAACACUAAAGGGGGAGCCUAAUGUGACAAUUCUUCCUUUAAUCUUCUUAUUGCUAAAAAGCCUUUAUUAAUUAUAAUAAGCCUCAGGAAGUAGCCUCUUACAUAUUAGCAAAAUACCUGAAGUUACAGUUAGUUUGUAGGACCCAGUUUUCCCCCAUUCAUCUAUGUUCACAAGAUGAACAUAAGGGGGGGCGGGGGAUAAGGACAGAAAACUUUGACAUGUCAUGUUUCCUGGGAGUCCCUGACAGGUGCCAGCACUGACCUGGUAGGUGGCCACUCCUCAUGGUGUUGAGUCAGGAGGAAAGUUACCGGUUUUUAUAUUUAAAAAACAACAACAACAAAAAACCCUAUAGAACCAGUGCCUUGGUCUCUUAUCCUAGCAGAAUGGAUCUUGGUCCUCCCUGCUUAAAAAGCUACUUAGAAGCCAUUGCAGCCACAGUGGAGAGUCCGUCCAGAAUGGAUCUUGGUCCUCCCUGCUUAGAAAGCUACUUAGAAGCCAUUGCAGCCACAGUGGAGAGUCCGUCCGGCUUUGUGUCUUCUCUACUAGGGUCUCAGAAAGGGAGACAGCAUCUCUUGGGAUCCGCUCAGAGGUGGAAGUAUGCAGAGCUUCAUGGCCCAGCGUCCCUUAGCCUCUGUAGCAGUCUGGUCCAGUCGGUCACUUCUGUCAGGGUAUCAUCACCUACUGUAAAGCACACCUUCACCAGGGCCAUGCAGACAACUCCAGUCUUGCCAAAUGCCAAAAGAAUCUGAGGGACCCGAGGGAUCUCUUCUCCCAAGCGCCAUCAUGCACUGUCAGCUUGGGGCCUCUCAGGACUCUAGCUGCAGAUGGUCACAGUCACAAGAGACCCUCCCCAGGCCAGGGCCAUUUCUUCUGGACAUUGGUAGGGGCUUGAGAGGUGGAGUUGCCAUCUGGGCCAUAGUGGCUCGUUUCCAACCAAAUUAUUUGGACUUUUCAGAAGCCAUCACUUGGCCAUACUUGACUUCAAACUCACUAACUGCUCCUCCUCAGACAUCAUCUGAAUAUAAAAAGUGUGCUAGUUUUGCGUGUCCACACUCCUCAGGUCAGUUUUAUUUUGUCAUACUUACGUAUCUCCAGUGAUCCAGCUACUUCUCUAGGAAAGUGGCUUCUCCACUGUGUGCUGUUCUGUUUCCCACUAGUACUAAGACAACAUUCUGAGAAAUGGGACCAGUCCUCCACCUGCUCUGGUUGUUAGCCUGAGUUCUGGGGACACCCCCCCCCAUCAGUGAUGUAAAGCAGCUGGGUGCCCUGUUUACCCUGCCACACUUUACCUGGACAGAAGUGGGGAGAUGGCCUACAUCACCCAGUGGCUCCCUUUCCAUUUGGAGACGCUUCACUCUGCUCAUGUGCUGCUCGCCACUGUCUCCAGAAAAGUGUGACUUUGCUCUUUAUCUGCAUGAAGCAGACGCUGGUGUCAUGCCCUAAGUAGAUAGGAGGAAAAUGCAAACCACAUCUCGCCUGCCUAUUAGAGAUUUUCCUUCCUAGAUUGAGUACACAGGCUAAUAUAUUAUUUUGUAGUAUCUCAAACUUUGCAUAAAUACUAUUAUUUUUGUAUGGAAUUUUUUAUAGAAGAGCUAUUUCUGUAUACUUAUUUCUGUGUUUUUUGAAAUGCCUUCCAGUAGGUAACCAACAAGUCUUAAGCAGUGUUUCUCUACGGGUAGCUCAGGGACCGCCUACCCAGAAGAGACAGGGAAUUUCAAUUUAAAAUUUAAAUCACUCCCUGCACCCACUCCAGACAGACGCUCAGGGUGUGCCUAGGAAGCAUUAGUUUUAAUAAGCUCUGAGUGAUUUUUUUCAUCAAUUCACACAUCUUUGUCCAUAAUGUAAAAGAAGAAACAUCUGAAAUGAAUAUGUUGAGCUUGAGAAAAAUUGUAUCAUACUAUUCUGUGAUUUGAGAUACAGAAAAAUAAAUAAUUUAAAAGGA